GGACUUGGCAAAGACUUUGUGGCAUGAACUAAAGGAUAUAAAAAGGUCAAGGAUUGAGAAGUUAUAAAUUAUCGCCUUCUCUUCUUCCCUUCUUCUCACUACUCUACUUUCAAAGAAGAAGAACCAGAAAGCAUGUCUUCUCACCCUUCUCCCGCCGUCUCCGCGUGGCCAAAGUUGAAUCCCUUCUCUGCGUCGUCUACCAUCGACGUGCCAGAGGUGCAGCUCAACUAUGCCAUCGUGCUCGCCGGAUGCCUUGUAUUCGCCAGUCUCUAUGUCCUGCCUAAGAGCUUGAGCGCCCUCAAUCUGUUCGGCCGCAGGCUUUACAACAAGGCUGGCUAUGCGACGCCGAAUGGUCCAGUGGGCCUUCCGAUUGUCGGUUCAUUCCCAUUCCUUUCACACUACCCAGAGCGUAUGCUCGAUUACUGGUACAAGAAAUUCGGCCCACUCUACUCACUGUGGCUCGGUAAUCAACACUUCGUGAUCAUCACUGAUCCCGGCAUCGCAAAGGACCUUCUCGUCACUAACGGCGCAGUCUUCUCGAGCAGGAAGGAAAUGUUCAUCAAGUCUCAGACGGUCUUUGUCGGCAGAGGUAUCACCGCCACUCCGUACAACGACCGCUGGCGCAAGCACCGCAAGAUUGCCGGCACUUGGCUCAACCAGCGCGCUGUCGAUGAUUACUCGAAUGUUCUCGACUUUGAGGCAACAGUCCUCCUCAAAGAGCUUUUCCGCGCCGGCAACAAUCCGAUCAACCCUCAGCCCCAUGCAGGGCGCUGCUCGUUGAACAACAUGCUUACAAUCGUUUUCGGAACGCGUACCGAGACUGUCAACGACCCAUUGGUCGGACAGGCCCUCCGUCUUUCCCGCGAGUUCAUGAACUGUACCGGACCCGUCUCCAACCUUGUCGAUUUCAUCGCGCCGUUGCAAUGGCUCCCAACUCCAAUGUGGAAGAGGGGGAAGAAACUGAACCAAGGUCUCGUCGAUACUUACGGCGGAAUGAUCAAGCGUAUCGAAGCGCGCCUCAAAGCCGGUGAAAACGUGCCCGACUGUCUUGCCAAGACGAUGGUCCAGUCGCGACAAACCGAAGGCCUCGAUGACCUUGACAUGGCUAUUCUUGCGUCGGCAUUUAUGAUCGGCGGAGUUGAGACGACAGCCUCCAUCAUGCAGUGGUUUAGUGCGCUCAUCCCUGCGUACCCCGAAAUCCAAAAGAAAGCACAAGAAGAACUCGACAGGGUCAUCGGACGUGACCGUCUGCCUACCAUUGAGGAUGAGAAAGAUCUUCCUUACUGCCAUGCAAUCAUCAAAGAAGUUGAACGCAUGCACAACCCAUUCUGGUUGGGUACCCCACAUGUCGCUUCAGAAGAUUUCGUUUACAAGGGCCAGUACAUACCCAAAGACACAGUUCUCGUCUUGAACACCUACUCCAUGCACUACCACCCAGAUCGCCAUCCCGAGCCGCACAGGUUCAACCCGGAGAGGUACAUCAAUGAUAGCACAAAUAACACCGAGUCAGCCAACCUUCCCAAUGCAUACGAACGUGAUCACUGGAUGUUUGGCGCAGGGCGCCGUAUCUGCCCUGGGAUGAUAGUCGCGGAGCGUGAAAUCUGGCUGACCAUUGCACGUAUGCUCUGGGCCUUCAACAUGUACGAAGUGCCUGGCGAACCCAUCGACCUUAACGAGUACGACGGCCUGUCUGGACGUUCGCCGAUGCCAUUCAGGAUUCGUCUUGAGCCCCGCCAUGCCAACGUUGCAAAGGUCCUCGGAAUGAACUAG